AUGAAGAAAGCGCGAAAGGCUGCGCUCGACGCAACGCUGCGCCGCGAAAUCGAAGAAUCGAAACCGCAGUCCAUCCGAGGCUGUCUCAGGCACGACAAGGCACACGAACUUCUCCGAGAUGUUUAUCAUCUCGGAGAGAGAAAAAGCCGCACGUCUCUAAUCAACUCAGCCAUGGACAGGCUGAAGAAAAGGGGCGUGACAAGGGACGUUACAACGACAGCAAGCGAGGCCCUGCGGCUAGAAGAAUCUAACUCCGCUCCCGUCGCAGGUGCGUUGGCCUCCCAGGGCGACUUCGUCGCAGUGGAGCUAAAUGGUUACAAAGCACCUGUAAAUGCGCUUGUGGUAAGGGAAGAUGCAAAAGAAGUGGUGGUUGAGUUCGAGGCAGACAGAGUGAGAGCAGUGUAUGACAGAGACUCGCAGGACAUUGUUGCUUUAACAAAAACUGAGCAAAAACAAAGCGAGGAAUUGAGGCAUGUCCAUGAAAGGGCACAACAUCUAGUUGAAUAUUUCGACGAGAGACUGUCUGGAGGAAAGAGGAAGAAAGCUGGUGUUUCAGUUUUCCCACCCCAAGUGGGAAGAGACAAACUGCCCAAUCCGGCAGAUGCACCGAGGCUGUACAAGUACAUCGUCAUCGAGGUUGGUUCGGGAAGUGCAGCCCUUGCACAGGCGAUAUUUAUCAAGGGAAAUGGUCUAAUAGGAGUCUACACGAUCGAUUGGGAUGACAGGAGAUUUGCGCACCUAAAGGAAGAUUUGAGAAACUUGGAUUUCAGCAAGCUACUGACCAUGUUCCCACAGCUCAUCCAUGUGCAUUGCACAUGGGACUGCAAGGCAAAUUCGCCCGCCGGGCAACAGCAACAUCCAGUGACCUACGGCAAAAAGGCCAAAGCAAAGGGCUUAAAGCCAGAUAAAGCACGAAUUGUCCACAUAGCGGAAGGGUGCGCAACAAUGUGGAAAAAGGCCAUCAACGAUACGCGACGGCUGAGCCCCUUUGUGACAUUUUCAUGGGAACACCCAACAGGGGUUGUAUCUAUGUGCAAGCUUUGUGGCACCAAGUUCGAAAAAACCCUGGAGAUCCUCACUGACAUCGCCGACUUCCCAGAGGACGACUACUUCUGUACCCCCUGCUCGCCGUGCAAGUGGAUCGAGAACCAGCCUACCAACAAGCAUCCCGAGAGGCUGGAGUAUGCCACCGAGACAGCCACCUACGAGCCAGGCUUCUGCGACUUUUUAGGCGACGCCAUCCUCAAACACCACAACAUCCCGAUCUCCACCCAGAAGCCACCCUCCGACCGCGUGCGCCGUGCCAGCCUAGAGGUAGUCGCGCGACGCGAGUGCCGCCUGGAGCUCGAGCGCGUGCGGCGCGCCGCUCAGGAGCCGCAGCGCCUCGAGCUCCGACGCGACGUUGCGCACCUCCUGGCGCGUCUUCGCGUCCCGCUUCGAGAUGCGCUUGACGGCGCACGGGCGCCCGUCGGGCCAGGUGCCCUCGAACACGCCGCUGCACGCGCCCGAGCCGAGCUUCGCGCCCGUCGCCACGUCGCCGACGCGGUGGGCCUCCUCGACGAGCGACUCGUCGACCGCGGGCAGCCCCACGGCGAGCCCAGCGUCAUGCGCAAGCACGGCCUUGCUCCAGAGGAGUUCCUGGUGCACCUCCUUGAGGGAGUCGUACUGGCGCCGCUGGAUCUUCAAGUUCUCGCAGAGGCGCUCGUACUGGCGGAUGCGCACGUCCUGGGCCUCCACGGACAUGUCGCCGGCGACCUCCGUGUUCGGAAACCCAUUGGAGGUGUUCUCGGGGGCUGCCAUGAUCCACACGUGUCUGUAAGCUGUGGCUAUAAUCUGCUCGCUUACCUUCAAGUUAAGCGGUGGCUAUUGCUUGACGUCAAUUUUGAGGAUAUCUUUGCUACACAUACACAGAACGAACGGUUCAUUAUUCGGGAUUCGGACAAAUGA